UUAUCUUUUGAAUAUCCAAACUUAGGAGCAAGUACGAAUGCAUCUGAAGUUAUUUGGAGGUUUAAGGAAUCUUUCUGUUUUAGGAAGAACUUAUACACAUGGUAAAAAAGAAACGCCCUUGAUGCCAAAUGUGGUAAAGACAAAAAGGAAUAUACAAGAGGCUAUUUGCGAUGGCUUGGGUAUUGCUAUUGGUCAUAAAAAGCCAUACGCAGUGAUACUUUCAGAAGAAGCAAAUUGUAAUGAAAUUAUAACGUUGUGUACUGAAACAACAAAGGACAACAAUGAUAUCAAAAGACCGUUAGUUCUACGUAAAAAAGGAAUUACUGUACACACAGAAUUAACUGGUUCUGAUGCUGGGUGUGUUAUUCAAACUUUCAAGAUGUUAAAAUGUGAAGCUGAAAAAAUAUCUAAAUAUGAAAAACUUACCAUCAUAAAACCGAUUAAAGAAAUGUAUAACUACCAAAGUCAAAAGGAAUCUCAGCAUCAUAUACAUAUAUCUGGUGUAAAGGUUGUAAUUCCAAGAGGACCUUAUCAGGCUAAAGGUUUACUGUUGUCUUGCAUAAGAGUAAAUGCACCUUGUGUGUUCUUGCAGCCUAACAAUGACGACGAUAAGGAAGAAGUGAACGAUGCUGAUUACACAAUACCGUUAGGAAUUGCAGAAAUUGUGUUAGAAGGUGAAGCCGUAACACUGAUAGGUUAUGGACCUCAAAUACAUGUGUUAGAAAAGGUAGCAACUAUGGCAAAAGAACAGUUAAAAGUACAAUGUGAAGUAAUUGAUUUGAAAACGUUAAUACCAUGGGACAAGAAAACUGUAAUGCAAUCGGUCAGGAAAACACAAAUGUGCAUGCUAGUUGAAGAGAUGGAACUCAUUAAAGGAUUAUCAUUGGACAUAGAACAAACUAUUCAGGAUGAACAUCUUAAAGUUCAAAAAGUUUGUGGAACAAUUUGUAAAGACAAGCAAUGUUUGCUUUCAAUAGUUGAGCACUUAAUAAAGAACAGUUAAGAUAUGAUGAAAACAUAAAUGUCUUUGAAGAGUGAAACUUAUUUUUUCACGGAAGAAUUGUAUUAACAUAAUUACUCAUUAAUAUUUAAGAAAGUAAAUGACAAUCGUGUAAGCUUAAAACAGUAUAGAAAUAAUUGACGUUACACAAUUAACAUGCAUUAUAGAUUCACGUGUAUUUAUUAUGUUUGCACUGACAUUGAAUUGAUAUUUCCUAAAUAGGUUAAUAGCGAUAAGUAAUUGAUUGUAUUAAUUAAUUUUUACCAUGCUUAUAAUGUCGACAAAAAAGAUGAACCAGAAAACCUAACUACAUGUACAGGUUAAAUAAAAAAAGGGUGGUGUUCGCAAAACUGUAAAAUCAAACUUUCAGCCCUAUCAGCCACUUCAAAACACAUGUCAUAUUACUGUCUUUGUACAGGCAUUUUCGAUAUACUUAUGACCACAGUACCUUGAUGAAAUUACCCUUUACUUUGAAAAGGUGGUAUGCAGUUAUGUCUAUCUAUUCAUACUUCUGACUUGGUACAGCUAUUUUUUCUAGAGAUUUUUUAUACGGUAUAAUCUAAAUUGGUAGUAUAAAGAUAAAUGUAUUUUACUACGAUACAUGAAUAUAUAUGACUGGUUUAUUUUGAUUGAAUUCAAUUAGUAGUUCAAUCAUUAUCACAUACGAACUGAAAACAUAAAGGAACGACACAAUUUAUGUCAUAAAGGUGAAUUAUUUAAGUUUUAAUGUGUCUUGUCUGUGCUUUAUUAAUGAUGAAUGAUGUUUGAAACUUUAAAAGUGUUAAUCGUUUAACAAAAACAUAAUGUACUUCAAAACACGUAGCAAUUUUAAAAAUUAAACACAAUGCAUGACUAUUGAAUAGCAACUACAUAUUGUAAAGGUAGAACACGUGUUAUCCUAAAUCAUUUUCGGUAAUGACACCUUACAAGGAAAAUAAUUUAAACAGAACUGAUUACAGGGUUUCUAUAAUGAUAAGGGAGAAAAAGCGCACACAAAUAUAUAAUUGCAACAAAGCAGUUUGCAUGAUCUUAUUAAUUACUUGAUGGUUGUAAUAACAUAGAAUAUAUGUUUACAUACAGAAAAAUCAAGUUUUCCUCAUGAUCCCUGUUAGCAAUUAUAUAAAAGACACAAAAUACUGCAUGUUUUUCUUAGAUAAAAGAAAAACAAAGAAUAUGGAUUAUUGAAUUUCUAUAUUUAUUGUGAAUAUGAUUGUAUAUGUUAAAUGAACUCAAAACAGUCUUAUAAUACAAUUAUAUACUGUUUAUUCACAUUGUAGACUUGUAAAGUUUUAAUAUUUCUUAGUCGCAUAUUAACAGUUACAUUGUCAUUAAUUCAAUUCCAUUUCUAUUGUAACAAUGUAUGUAUGCACUGUAAUUUUACCACCAAAAUGGUUAAUAAAAGAUAUAAAAUGAUUACUGAAAUGCUUUAAUCGUGUGCAGAGGAAUAGAUAUUUGAAUGUAGUACACAAGAUAAUAUCCCUCUGACGUACUAAACAGAUAUAAGCUUUG